AUGCUAUAAAGCCUGAAACAUCUCGUUUUCUCUCUCUAUUUUUUUUGGAGUAUAGAGAAAGAAAAUGCGUGACGUGGGCAAGAUGAACUUGAUUCCCGCAAGCAACGGCUCAGAUUCGCUUUGAGGGUCGACACGUACCGUUUAUCUGUCACGCCUAGUUCCCACCUUUCCUUCUCAGUCACACACACACACACACACAAACACACACACACACACACACACUCGCCCUGUGUUUGUGUGAACUCAUCUCACAAGCUAAGUCACAACUUGUCUUACACAGUUUCUCUCAAUUUGGAUUUUGGAGUUGUGUUGCUAUCUAUUAUACACCUCUAUGAACUGUUUUUGACACACAACACAACACAACACAACACAAAAGAGGAACAAGAUGUUGCUUGGAAAGCGUCCUCGACCACCGGUUAUGAGAAGAACAACGAGCAUGAGUGGAGGUAUGGCGGUGGACAUGCAAGGAAUCAACAACUUGGAAGCUGAGGAGGAAGAUGGAAUCAAAGAUCCACCACAUCAUGCGGUGGCGAUGGGACCACACCAUGGAUUGGUCCCUGAUCAGACCAAAACCUCAAAUAAUCAGAACCAAACAAGCAAUUGCAACAACACUUCCCAUGUUGUACACACUGCUCACUUUCUCAGAACUUGUGGUCUCUGUAAGUGUCGUUUGGCACCUAGUCGUGACAUCUAUAUGUAUAGGGGGGAUACAGCAUUUUGCAGUUCGGAGUGUAGGGAGCAGCAGAUGAAACAAGACCAGAGAAAAGAAAAAGGGAAGGUGCUGUCCUCCAAUAAAGAAGACCACCGUGCAUCACCACCCACCGUGGCGGCCACGGCCACGGCCACCGUCAAGGCUUCUGCUAAAAGUGAAACGGCUGCGGCUUGUACUUGAAUGGUUGCACACUUAAUUGAAACUGAAUAUUUGAAGAGAAAAUCAAUUAAGAAAGGAAAAGGUCAUAUGCUAACUCAUCCCUCUCAUGUUUACACUUAUGGACAAAUGCAACCCCAUAUGGUUCUUUCACACCUGCGAUAGUGAUUCUUAUUUAACAUAAUUCCGCUAGAAGAUUGUGCACAAAAGGUGUGGUUUCUGUAUUACGUAUGUGAACUUUAUUAGUCCUUGAAUCUAAAAUUUCCCAUGUAUCUAUCUAUUAUAUGUUGUCUUACA